AUGGCUCUCCAACAGAGAUUGGUGCAGUAUAUCUGCAGCGUUCUGCUGCUUGUUAGCGCUGCCAGCGCUCUGAAGUUCGACCUGAUCGCACAAGCAGAGAGCUCAAAGAGGGAACGCUGUGUGCGCAACUUUGUCGGAAAAGACACACUUGUCGUGGUGACAGCGACUGUCGAUGGCUACAAGGGCGACGGCAUGGUGGUGAACCUCUACAUUCGAGAUGCCGUUGGCAACGAGUACGGCCGACCCAGAGACGUUGUCGGGGAAUCCAGGACCGUCUUUACAUCACAUGCUGACGCUGCCUUUGAUGUUUGUUUCGAAAAUAUUGUUACUGGUUCCCAGCGAAUCAACAACCCUACCCGCCAUGUUGAGCUCGAUAUCGACAUCGGCGCCGACGCCAAGGACUGGUCUGCUAUCCAGGCCACCGAGAAGCUCAAGCCUGUUGAGGCUGAGCUCCGCCGCAUCGAGGAAAUCACUGGCGAGCUUGUCACCGAGAUGGAAUACCUCCGCGCACGAGAGCAAAAGCUUCGAGACACCAACGAGAGCACCAACAACCGUGUUAAGUGGUUCGGCAUCGCCACCACUUGGUUGCUUAUUGGUCUCUGGGCCUGGCAGAUCAUGUAUCUCCGUGCCUACUUCCGAUCAAAGCAUCUUAUUUAA